UCUUCCAACUCUGUGAUUCUAUGAUUCUCAUGUGAAGUUGUUGUGUGCCUUCAUGUCCAGCUUUGGGUGACUCUAAAGCAACCCUAUAUUGUUUGAAAAUCUCCCUGGGAGGAUUUCAGUUUGGGAUGAAGACGGCAUGGCCCUGCUGGAAGUUGGUCUCCAUGCUGGAGGACCUACAGAUUCCUAGGGGAAACACUUCUUUACGCAUGUGUAGGCACAACUCUCUGGUGGAUGUUGACCAUAGAGCCAUGCUGGAGGACCUAGAGAUUCCUAGAGAAAACACUUUCCUAGGCAUGUGUAGGCCCUCCAGUGCGAUUCUAUGCUCUCCUUCUGGUGGACGUUGACCAUAGAGUUGUGCUGGAGGCCCUAGAAAUUCUUAGACUUGUGUUUUCCCCACUUCCCUGUGGGUUCUGUGCCCCAAAUGUGCCCACUCUAGUUCUCCCUUUGCUGUCUCCAUUCCCCACUGCAGCUUGGCGCCCACGGACCGAGGGAUGGGCAAAGUCAAAGACACGGUCAUCCUCUCCCAGAUGUCUGGGGAGCAUCUCCCAUUGCUGGGCCAAGCGGCACCCAUUGCCACCUACCUGAGCCAGGAUGAAGUGGUACAGCAGGCUGGCGCUGCCCGCUGGGUGUGCCUUCGCAGAGCCACGUUUGGCCUCCUGGGGGUGCUCUUUGCCUGCCUGCUCAUCAUGGCUGUCCUGCUUCUGCUGACCAUGCCACGGCCAAGGCCACCUCUCGCCUGGUGGCAAAAGGCCUCCUUCUACCACUUGCCGGCUGCCUCCUUCCCAGACUCCAAUGGGGAUGGCCAUGGAGACCUUGGAGGUGUGAGGCAUCAGCUUGACCAUCUCUUAGAGCGCUCCAUCCAGGCUCUUGUCUUGGGCUCCAUCCUUGAAGGCCACAACCUGAGCCAUAUCCUGCCUGCCCACGGCUCUCUGGGUCACUUGCAGGCUCUUGUGAACGAUGCACACAAGAGAGAGAUCCAAAUACUCCUUGAACUCCCCGUCGGUGAGGAAGGGAUGGAAGAAGCUGCUGAGGGCAACCAAACAAAGCAACUCCUCAAGAGAGCAAUGCAGUUCUGGGACACCCAAGGUGUGCAUGGAUUCAUGGUGAAGAAGGAGCCUCUCUGGCACAUGGAGAUGGUUCUGGAUGUCUGGAGUGAGUUGGACAGUGAGGUUGUGGCAGCUCCGUCUCGGGGAGAGGAGAGGGUCUUGAUGGUCUGGGAUGAGAGUGAGACCUGCAACAUCUCUCGCAGGGUGCCAAGCGGCAGCGUCAUUCUCACCUGCUACCUCCUUAAAGAUGGGGCAAACUUAACUGCCCAGGCUGUGGCCCAACAGGUGGAGAGGGUCUUAGGCUACCCAGGGGCACCUUGGCCCAGCUGGACGGUUCCUCGGGGGUUACUGGAGGCCCCUGAUUUGGGGGAGAUGUUAGGGGUGCUGCUGCUCACCUUGCCAGGAGCCCCGUUCUUGCCAGGCGGGAAGGGAUCCCCAAUUCAGCCGGAGAGAGACCCGACGAAAGGCAGUACCAAUGGGCACCCCCUGGCAGGACUGUACCACUCUCUUCUGGCCUUGCAUGCAAACACGUACCCCUUACGAGGAAUCGAUUUUGUUCUUCUGCCCCUCGUUGACCCCUCCAAGGACGUCUUUGCUUUUCUCCGGCUGGGUUCAUGCGCCAGCAUCCUAGUGGUCCUGAACCUGGGAUCGCAGCCCUUCCAACUCAGCCUGAAGCAACUGGGUAUCCCUGGCCCUGCCAAGGUCCUCUUCAGCACCCGCCCAGUGCCCCAGAGAGAGGUCGACGCAGAAGGGGUACAGUUCACACCCCACCAAGCCAUCCUCCUCAAAGUGCCAAGAGGACAUGGACCAUGAUUUGGCUUCCUUGGAUUGCAGCCUUGUGGAAGGAACCCAUUUGGCAGCCCUUGAGAUGCCAAAGAAACAUUCGUUGGCUAUCCUUUUGCUCAUUUUUUAACCAAUGCCAGAGCUACUCCUCCCCUCUUGGUUGUUGUAGACUCAGCCUGCAUCCACGCUGCAUAAUCCAUUUUGACACCACUUUUUUAACUACAGUGGCUCAAUGCUAUGGAAUUCUGGGAACUGUCAUUUCUUGCAGCCCCAGCGCUUUCCCACAGAGAAGGCUAAACGUCUCACAAAGCUAGUUUCUAGAAUUCCAUAGCAUUGAGCCAGGGCAGUUAAAAAGUGGUGUCAAACUGGAUUACUUCUGCAGUGCAGAUGCAGCCCUAGUCAUACUUCCGGCAUGAAACGAACUGAAUGAUUUGCCAGGUUAACUGGGGAGUGAGGAACCAAAGCCUUUUAUUGGAGUUUUUGCAACCUUGGAAGGAUGAUGCCUCCAACCCUUUGUUGUUUGUUGUUGUUGUUGUUAUUGUUGUGGUGUUCCUGACUUAUGAUGACCCUAAUGCGAAUCUAUUGCGAGAU